CUCGUGCCGAUCGGGUUCUUGCGUGCAUUGCAACAGGCCGGCCGCGCGCCGCCGACCGACCACGAUGCCGUCGCCGCCGGCCGCCGCCGCUCCCUACGUCGAGCUCCGGUCCGCGGAGCGCGUGCCGGAGACGCACGCGUGGGCGGCCGGGCCGGACGACGGCCACCCGUCGGUGGAGGCCGUCGGGUGCGACGCGGUGCCGGUGGUGGACAUGGGGCGCCCGGGCGCGGCGCGGGCGGUGGCGCGCGCCGCCGAGGAGUGGGGCGCGUUCCUGCUCGUCGGGCACGUCGUGCCGGCGCGCGUGGCGGCGGCCGUGGAGGAGCAGGUCGCGCGCUUGUUCGCGCUCCCGGCGCCGGAGAAGGCCCGCGCGGGCCGCCGCCCCGGCGAGGCCAGCGGCUACGGCUACCCGCCGGCGCUCCACCUGCCCAAGCGCAUGUGGUCCGAGGGGUACACGUUCCCCGCGGCCGCCGUCCGCGACGAGUUCCGCCGCGUCUGGCCCGACGGCGGCGACGAGUACCUCCGCUUCUGCGACGUGAUGGAGGAGCACCACAAGGAGAUGAGGGCUCUCGGCAACAGGCUGCUCGACGUCUUCUUCGAGGCGCUCGGGCUCACCGCCGACCAGAUCGCCGCCGGCGAAACGGAGCGGAAGAUCCGGGAGACCUUGGUGGCGACGAUGCACCUUAACCUGUACCCCAGGUGCCCCGAGCCGGAGCGCGCGAUGGGGCUGGCGGCGCACACGGACUCGGGCUUCUUCACGUUCAUCACGCAGAGCCCCGUGCCGGGGCUGCAGCUGCUCCGCCGCGGGCCGGACCGGUGGGUGACGGUGCCGGCGCCGCCGGGCGCGCUGGUGGUCGUGCUCGGCGACCUCUUCCGGGUGCUCACCAACGGCCGCUUCAGCAGCGCGUUCCACCGCGCCGUCGUGAACCGGGAGCGCGACCGCAUCUCCGUGCCCUACUUCCUCGGCCCGCCGGCCGACAUGGAGGUGGCGCCGCUCGCGUCCGCCGUGCCGCCGGGGAGGAAGGCCGCGUUCCGGGCCGUGACGUGGCCGGAGUACAUGGGGGUCAGGUUGAAGGCGCUCCGCACGGACGCGUCGGCGCUGGCGAUGCUGCAGGUGGCGGACGAAGGAGAGGAAGGUGGAAUGCCGUCUAAGAGCUAGCUUCAAGUAAUAUAACAGAGAAUGGGAGAAUAAAUGUCAUCCUGAUUGUGACUAGUUUGAAUAAUGUAUAGCGGCUCGAAAAUGUCAAGGUUGGAACUUCAAAGGCUAUGUGCAAUGGGGAUGAAAUAAACCAUGGAACAGUGAGUCGGUCUUAUAGGCUUUUCACCUUUUCCUCAAUAGCUUAAGCUUUUACAGAAUAGUUGAUCAGUUCCUUUGGGUACCUAGAACAAACAUAU